AUGCUACUCUUCACUCACUGCUUUCGUAAUACCACUGCCCCUGUAUUAACAAAGGCCGUUCUCCUUAAAUUCUGCAAUGUAACAGUAAAAAAAGAACCAUGACCCUGUCUCCUCUGGGUCCAGCCAUCUGUGUUUCUAACUCCAAGAAAUGACUCUGCUUGUACUUCACAGGCGAUUGAUGAGAAUGAAAAGAAUUACCAAUCAAUACGAGUUCGCAAGCCUUCUAAAACCAAGCCCCUGCACUUUGGAUCUUGUUAUACUGUGUCUAGUUCAUCAAGCAUAGAGGUCACUCCUGAUGUGCUGGAGUUCUGCAAUAUGACCGUUCAUCCGCUGGAUCCAGACAUGGAAAUCUACACUGAAGACUUGAGGGACAAACUGAGCCUCUGCCUGAUGGAGCAAAAUGACAGGGGAUUGGUCUGGAAGGCCACUGUGAGACCAGGGGAUGUGACACUUCCUGGUUCCACCCCUACACGAGCAGGUGACAUUGAGCACAGUUCACCAUCAACAGAACGCCACACAGGAGGUGGCACAAGGAAGACGAUGAGCGAUCACCUCCUGGACACCCUGAAAAACCUCCAAGAGGUAGGGAUGAAGGAGUUCAAGAGCAAACUGACUGACAUCAAUCUGGAAAAGGGAUACCAGAGCCACAUACCUCGAUGUGACCUGGAGAAGGCAGGGCCUGUGGAGCUCACUGAGCUGCUGAUCAGAUACUAUACAGAGAACUAUGGGGUGGAGGUGACCACGAUGGUGCUGGAAGCUAUCAAUCAGAGAGCGCUGGCAGAGAGACUUCGCAGGGCAACAGUGGCUGGUCAGGAAUGAGCCAGUGCGGGGAGAUCAGCCUCCUCUCUUCAGAGGAUCCCACUGCGUCUUCAUCUCUGCAUCCUCCCUGCUCUCUGAAUUCUAAGCACAAUCUCAGACAGAAUAUGCUCCUCUCUCUUCGUAAGUCAGAGCCCUUGGGAACUGAAUACAAAGCCAAUUCCUUUCCGAGUGCACGUUUUUCUGACCCUUUAGGAUCAGGUUUUACUUUAAUUGUCUCUCUGUUUCCCCCCUUUCCCCCAAACUCUUUUCAAGCCCCCACUCCUAUCUGCAACCUGCAGUUCUGAUUUUAUUAUCCCCCUACCCACUUGAAUACAUUUGUUCUCUGUUUAUCAUUCCACUAGUGACUCUGCAGGGUCUUAAACGGCAGCUAUUAAAGUUAGACAUUUUAAAAUCACCACGUCCAGGUAACUUGCAUCCAAGUGUUUUAAAAGAGCUGGCGGAGGAGUGCUAAUGUGGAUUUUCAGUAACUCUUGGGAAGUUCAAGAAGACUGGAAGAAAGUGAAAGUUGUGCUAGUAUUUUAGAAGGGGAAAUGGGAUGACCCAGGUAAUUAUAGUUGGUCAGCCUGACAUCAAUCCUGGGCAAGAUAAUUGCGCAGCUGAUAUUGGAUUUGAUUAAUAAAAAAAUUAAUUAAGGUAAUAAAAUUAAUGCUAAUCACAAUGGGUUUAUGGAAUAUAGAUCCUGUCAAAUCAACUUGAUACCUUUUUCCUGAGAUUACAAGUUUGGCUGAUAAAGGUAAUAGUGUCGAUGUAAAAUACAUAGACCUGGUCUACACUAUGAAGUUACGUCGACCCAAGUCAGCUUGUUUUGGCUUAGUUUUACAUGCGUCCACACCUGCAUUAGUCUCUUGCUAACAUAACAUCACCUCUCCAGAUGACAGAGCCAGAGCUGAGGUUUUUCUAGUAUAGACACUGCAUUGCCUGUGUUAAUCCUAACAGUUCUCCAGCAGCUGUCCCCCUGGUUGCCCCCGUGACCGUGACCAUUCUGGUCGCCAUUGUGAAAUCCAUUGCCCAGGGGUCACAGACACCGGAAGCCUCCUUCCGUCCCCUUGAAAAACGUCAUUGUGUUUUGUGUGCCUUUUCCUGAUUGUCCACCUUGGCAAGCAUGCGGCAGGCCAGGGAGAUCACCACCCCUGCGGACCUGCCACUUCUACAAUGAACUGCACCCCCCCACCAGCACCCGAAAUCUGACCAGGGACACUUUGCAAGAGCUAGGCAUGGGAUCCCCUGCAAUGCACAGGGAGGAGGAGGAGGAGGAGGGGGUGAGAAGCAGAGGGGAAUACAAAACAUGCUGGGAGCCAGGAGCUGCUUGAAACUCUGCCGGAAUUGAGCCGGUCCCAUCACACGAGCGCAGAUGAGCCCCGGGGAUGACGGUGAAGGGAGCUCAGGUACGUGUAUUGGUGCAUUACUCCUCCAUGUUUGUAAUGGCGCAGCCAUUCCCAGUCCCUAUUCA